AUGUCAAAGUCAUUCGACGAUUUUAUAAAGCAACAGCAGCAAGCUCAAAAACCAAAGACUUACGGCUAUAAAAAUGCGAAUAACGGAGCUGGUUCUCAGUAUAAUUUUAACAACACGUUUAUUCCACAAGGUCAACAAUAUUAUCAACCUCAACAGCAACAACAACAGAACCAGUCAUUAAAUCAAGGCUAUAAUCAAAAUAGGUACAAUAAUUACAACAGACAAACACAAGGAUCAUCAUCAAUUGCAUCACCAGUUGAUUCAUUACCUACUAGUGGAAGAUCUACGCCGAAUCCAAAUGCCUCUACUACAUCACUUACAUCAUUAAAUACAGCUCUUUCAAAAUUGAAUGUUGAUGUUCCAUUUGAAGAAAGUUUAUCCAACAUAGAGAGGGCAAAUAAAAUCAGUGAAGUAAAAGCUGAAGUCAAUACUAUAGUCAGUCAAAUCGCAGAACAAGAAAAUUUAUCAAUAAUAAAUGAAUGGAAAUUAAAUGAGAUAAUCAAGUCAUUAUUGAGACCUAAAAAUCCACCAUUAGUGAAAGAAGGUGCUUUGUUGAUAAUACAACAAUUGGCAACCCAAUUUGCAGGCCAAACACCCAAGGAAAUACAUCUUUUAAAAUUUUUUUCUACUGCAUAUGAUAUGUUUAUUGAUAAAGACAAAAAUGUAUUGAAGGCAGCUAAAAGUGCUACUGAUGCAUUAUAUGGGAUUUAUCCUGUCGAAGCUUUAGGUUCCGUUGUCAUUGAUGAUUAUUUAUCUUACUUCAAAUCUGGAGCUAAAUGGAAUUCAAAAGUUGCGGCUUUAACACAUUUUAAUAGAAUUAUAGAGGAAGUUCCAGCAGAUAUACUUGAAUUGAAAUUCGUUGACGUUGUUCCAGUCUUGACUGAUUUAUCUACGGAUUUUAAACCUGAAUUGGCAAAAGUUGGAUUAUCUACCUUGAAAAAAUUUGUUAAAGUAUUAGAUAAUUUGGAUUUACAAAAUAAGUAUGAUUUAAUUGUUGAAACUUUAGCAGAUCCCCAAAAAGUUACUGAUUGUAUUAAAUCAUUAUCAUCCGUCACAUUCGUUGCUGAAGUUACUGAACCGGCGUUGUCUUUAUUGGUACCAAUUUUAGAUAAAUCAUUGAAAAUGUCAUCAUCAUCAAAUGAACAAUUGAGACAAACAGUAAUGGUCACGGAAAAUUUAACUAGAUUAGUCAACAACAAAAGAGAAAUUGAAUCUUUCAUUCCAAUUUUGAAACCAGGAGUUGAGAAGGUCUAUAAAAAUGCCUCAUUACCAGAGGUUAGAGAAUUGGCAGGUAAAGCUUAUAAAGUGUUGGUAGAUGCUGAAGAAGAAAAAUCAGAUGGUAAAUUUCAUGGUAGAAUUAGUCUCAAAGAUGCUGAAAACCUUUACCGAGAUAACCUUCCAGAAGGAAUCUCGAUCCCUUCAAUUUUCGAUGAUUCAACUACAACCGAUUAUUUAGCACACAUUUUGCAAAUUGAUGCUCACGUAAACGAUUGGAAAAGAUUACAUGAGUAUUUAAAUCAAAUUUCAAACAAUGAUGAAGCCUAUGCCCUGGCAGUCACAGCUAACGUGAAACAUUUAUUUGUUCCAGAAUCUGACAAUAAUGAUCUUGAAGAUGAUGGUUCCGUUAAAAUUGUUGAUGCUGAUUUUUCAUUAGCAUAUGGUACUCGUAUGUUGUUAAACAAAACUAAUUUGAGAUUAUUAAAAGGUCAUAGGUAUGGUCUUUGUGGUAGAAAUGGAGCUGGUAAAUCAACAUUAAUGAGAGCAAUCGCAAAUGGUAAUUUAGAGGGAUUCCCAUCAGCUGAAGAAUUAAGAACCUGUUUUGUUGAACAUAAGUUACAAGGAUCUGAAGCAGAUAUGGAUUUGAUUAGUUUUAUUGCAUCUGAUCCAGAAUUGAUAAAUGUUGGAAAAGAAGCAAUUAAAGUUGCUUUAGAAGAUGUUGGAUUUCCCGAGGAAACUUUAUCAAAGAAUGUUGGUUCUUUAUCCGGUGGUUGGAAAAUGAAACUAGAAUUAGCAAGAGCAAUGUUAUUAAAAGCAGAUGUAUUAUUAUUAGAUGAACCUACAAAUCAUUUGGAUGUUGGUAAUGUCAAAUGGUUGCAAGAUUAUCUUGUUGAACAUACUGAAAUAACUUCAUUGAUAGUGUCGCAUGAUUCAGGAUUCUUAGAUGCAGUAUGUACUGACAUUAUUCAUUAUGAAAACAAAAAAUUAGCUUAUUACAAAGGAAAUUUAUCGGAAUUUGUCAAAGUCAAACCUGAAGGUAAAUCAUAUUACACGUUAACUGAUUCAAAUGUUAAAAUGGCUUUUCCUCCACCGGGUAUUUUGACAGGGGUCAAAUCAAAUACUAGAUCAGUUGCUCGUAUGUCAAAUGUUACAUUCACGUAUCCAGGAGCAGCUAAACCAUCACUUAACAAUGUCUCAUGCUCAUUAUCAUUAUCAUCAAGAGUAGCCAUUGUUGGUCCUAAUGGGGCUGGUAAAUCCACUUUAAUUAAAUUAUUGACUGGUGAAUUAAUGCCAGCUGAAGGUAAAGUUGAAAAACAUCCAAAUUUACGUAUAGGUUAUAUUGCUCAACAUGCAUUACAACAUGUUGAACAACACAAAGAAAAAACAGCAAAUCAAUAUUUACAAUGGCGUUAUAGAUUUGGUGAUGAUCGUGAAGUUUUAUUAAAAGAAUCAAGAAAAAUAUCAGAUGAAGAGAUUGAAAUGAUGGAAAAAGAAAUAGACAUUGGUGAUGGAAGAGGUAAAAGACAAGUUGAAGCUAUUGUAGGUAGACAAAAGUUGAAAAAAUCUUUCCAAUAUGAAGUCAAAUGGAAAUUCUGGUUACCAAAAUAUAAUUCUUGGGUACCAAGAGAGACAUUAAUUGCCGAAGGGUUUGAUAAAUUGAUUCAAAAAUUCGAUGAUCAUGAAGCUUCAAGAGAAGGUUUAGGUUAUAGAGAAUUAACACCAAAAGUCAUUCGUAAACAUUUUGAAGAUGUUGGUCUAGAUGGUGAUAUUGCGGAUCAUACACCUAUGGGUUCAUUAUCAGGUGGUCAAUUAGUUAAAGUUGUUAUUGCAGGAGCUAUGUGGAAUAAUCCACAUUUAUUGGUGUUGGAUGAACCUACCAAUUAUUUAGAUAGAGAUUCACUUGGUGGUUUAGCUAUAGCAAUAAGAGAAUGGAGUGGAGGUGUUGUUAUGAUUUCACAUAAUAAUGAAUUCGUAGGAGCUUUAUGUCCAGAACAAUGGCAUGUUGAAAAUGGAGCAGUCGUUCAAAAAGGAACUGUUGCAGUUGAUAAUAAAAGAUUUGAAGAUGGUGGUGAUGAAUCUGUUGAAGGAUCACCAGCUCCGGAGCCAGCUCCACCGCUUAAAAAGAGAGCUGAUGAUGAUGACUCUCCAGCUAAUAUUAAAGUUAGAACUAGAAAGAAGAAGAUGACUAGAAACGAGAAGAAAUUACAAGAGGAGAGAAGAAGAUUAAGACAUAUUGAAUGGUUAAGUUCUCCAAAGGGUACUCCUAAACCGGUUGAUACAGAUGAUGAAGAGUAG